UCAAAAUGUCGCUCUCUUGAGACGAAAACCCGCCCUUGACGUUUAGUAAUCGUUAUAAUUAAGUAUUUUCUCAGAGUGUUAGUCUGUUUGCUAAAUAGCUACAAAUGUAUCGAGCUUUGUACGAUUACAAGAGCAAGUUGCCACAAUAUUUGUCGUUUUUGGGAGGCGACAAGUUUACAGUUCUCGAUGGAUCCAGAAGCGACUGGUUGUACGCUCAAAAUGGAAUCGGACAGCUUGGCUACAUCCCCAAUAAUUAUGUCAUCAAAAUUGAUGCACCAGUCUCUCAAAUUAUGAAAUUCAUCGAUGGAUCAAUUGAAGCAAUUCAUCUUCAAGCUGCAAGCAAUGGUGGAAGUUACUCGCACAAGGAAAGAGAAGUGCUCAGGAAGCUGAUACAUCAUCGGAGUGUGGUGUCUGAUGGCAACAGGCAAUCCAGAGUGAAGAAGUCUUCUUCUACCCCAGAUGCCCGGGCUUCAUCAGCUAGGCGGAAGGCCCCGCCCCCACCACGGGAAAGUAGCAUUGAUGUUGCAGGAACCACAGCCCAAGAAAAAAAUGACAAGCCGGCAUCCAGCAAGCGAAACUCUGCACCAGCUCCCCCAAGAGAAAACUCUGUCUUAUUGGAACCAGAAGCAGUGGAUGGAGUUGUUUCUGGUCAGGAAGAGACCAGCUCUAAUGGCACUAUUGCCAUGGGAACAUCCCCUGUCAAGGUAGACAUCGCCACAUCUCCUGUCAAGAACCUCAGAUCUCCAGAAUUUAGUGCUGAAAUUGACGUCAAAGCGUUGUGCGUUCCAAAUAACCUAGGAUCUGAACUUUUGGAACAAGUUCGGACUAACACAGGUUUGAGUUACGACAAGUCCAGAGUUGCCGUUGAAACAGUGUUGGGUUACAUUGGCUUCAAGGUUCCCAAGCUGGCUGCCACAAUGGAUAAAGUAUUUUCAACACUCAGUAAAGAGGCAGACCAGAUUCAGGAGGUGGGCAGCCGGGAUGCAUCCAGACUGGAGGUGAUAUUUUCAGAACUGACGUCAUGUAAGGACGACUCACAACAACGAAGCUGGGCUCUCCACGAGGAUGAGUCAAUCAUCAAGGAGUACCUCCAGGAAUUGCUCUCCAUAUUGGAAAAUGCCAAACCUUCAAUAUGCAGGAAAGCUAUUGCUCAAGAUAAUUAUGAAUAUGUACAUAACUUGGUGCAGUACUAUCAAAUGGAGACCCGACUAAGUAUUCGCCUGCUGCUGUUGAAAGUGUUUGGGGCUAUGAGCGGCCUGGACAAGGUGGCUAUCACCAUGCUACUGUUCUCGGUCCUACCUCUCGAGCUGGGCGAAGACAUCCAGAGCAAGUCUGAUGAUGUCACAAGAUUGUGCUACGUGUCAUUAGUCAUGGCAAUGUUGUUUUCUACAGGAGAACAUGUACCUGCUAAUAUUCAUGAUCACCUGAACCAGUCUUUCAUUGCUCACGUCCUUGACCUGAUCGAAAGCCCUCCCUCAAUGGAGCACGACGAACAGGCCACUGACAUGCUCAUCACCUUGAUCCUUGCAUUUAAUCUGCACUUCGAGGAUGUCAACCACAACAUGGUCAUCCAGUCACUGUCCGAGCAGCAGAAUGCCAAGACGCUUACCGAGAAGCUCAUGCUGCUCUUCAAUAGAGGAGAUGAUCCUGUCCGCAUGUUUGAGCACCUGCCUGAACCUCCCCACUCUGUGAUAAAGUUUAUGCAAGACCUUUAUAGUUUCCCCGGCACCGCCAACUUGCUCUACACCAAUGAUGCGAUGGUCCUCAUCGACAUCAUCAUCAGACAGCUGGCUAACCUGUCUGCAGGAGAUCUGACUCGAACAUCCUACCUGGUCUUGACGAAGCUUGUGCUAAAGAAUUCCAACUACAAGGAGUUCUACCACCGCCAGGAAGAACUCUUCUAUAUCCUGAGAUCCAUCGCUGACGAGGAGGCCGAUGUCCCAGAGGACAAGGAGCUGUGUACCCUCAUCCUGCUGGAGAACGACCAGACACUCAGCCCCACCUGAGUCCCCCGAGCCUCCAGCCUUUGGGGUGGAGGAGCACCGGAUGUGUGGGUGGGAGGUGACCACUGAUUCAUCUGAUGAGGUCUGAACAAUAGUGAUGAUAGAAGUGAAGGCUGGUCAGUCUCGUCUGUAUUUGCUGUCUUGGCUCUACACUAUUUCCUAACAUCUGCCUGCUGGAUGACACCACGUUAUCUCCCACUAUUUACAGCAUUUUGUUCAGCAUGCUCAGCUCUGUUACUGCCUUAUUCUGCUGUGAGGUUGCUCAAAGCUUGCUUUGUGGCAUACGCAGUCUGCAAGAUACAAUCUAAAAUAUUUGAAUUUUAUGAAAAAUGUUAGCCAAAAAUACCAGGUGCCCUUUUGCAUAAAAUGGACACAACAAAAAUACAGAGUACAGAAAAUGCUGCUAUUUCAUAAUUUGGUAGCAUGGUUUUCUAGUAAACGUUAUAUAUGAUUUUACAUAAUUGAUAAAAUGAAAAUAAAAAGGAAUAACGCUGUGCCACUCAUGAAAAUAUCAACUUUGUCAGGUCACUCAGUGAGAAAAAAAUGGUCUUUGAAAAGAAAAUGCAAAUAUUCCUCAUCCCAAACUAAAUAAGCCAGGUACAUCCCUGCAGGCUAGUACGUGUAACAGCAACCAGGUUCAUCUGUACUCAUUCAAGUAGUGCUGGGUGUCAGCUAAUGACACUUAGGACAUGGUGAACAGGUAUGGAAUCAUGGAAAGUCUUGGAACUUUCUAGGUUUUAUAUGCGCCCUGUUGAUGUAUAGGAUAUAUGUAUGCUCUACCUGCCAUAAUGUCAUAAUGUGCAAUUUUAGAAGAAUGUCUUUGUUCUGAGCAACGUGUGUGUUCUGUGUUCUUUGGGCUUUCACCUUCUUUUAACUGAGGAGGCCUUUUGUAAGGUCAGAUCUUUUACCUCUCUGUGCCAUGAUCUGAGAAAACUUUCAUAGGAGGUCGUGUCAGGUGAACUUUCUGAUAGCCAGUCAGCGUCAAGGCUUUGAAGUUCUCAGCAGAAAUGAGCAAAACACUCAGACCAGCAUUUCUGAUUUCUGUCUCAUAAACAAAUUUUAACCACCAUUCCCAAAUCGGCUUAAUGAAGGUCGUGCUAUUAUAUUUUUGUGGCUCUAUUAUCAGUGUCAUUUCUGAACUUCAAUGCAUCUCCACCAGAAAUGAGUAACAUUGAAGGAAUAGUUGUGUCAUUUGUUUCCGAAUCAAGGUGGUAGAAAAAUUAAGACAAACUGUUUUGAAAAGCUUACACCAGCUUGGCUCAAGAACCCAUGCAUGCCUCAUUUGGAUUAGUCCAUCAAAGGUCACUCUAGUCACCUGACAUGAGUUGUCCUGAGAUUUUCACACACAGAGGUCUAGUAUCAGAGUGAAAGAUCUGGUUUUAAUGAGAUUGUUUCUGUACCAAACAGAAUAUAUACCACGCCUGCAUGACUAAUGAUGAACAAAAACUUCCACAGUUUGUGUGUUCAUGUGAUGACAGAGACUUUGUCAAGGGAUCAUAGCACAGGGGAAUAGGAAUGGACAAUAACUUUGAUACCAAGUGUGUGCCAGUAUCCGAAGAAAUUAUUUUUGGACAAUCCAUUUUCUGGCAUAUUAUGAAAUGUCUAUCUAUAAUCAUGAUAAUAUGAAUUCAUUAAUCUAACAAAAUGGAUUUUGAUCCAGAAAGUUAGAUUUAUUUAGAGGAGCUGUAAGUACAUGUUUAGGAUGAAAACAAAUUCAUUGAUCACUGACGUCAUUAAUAAGGAUAAUGGAAAUGUUGUUUUGUUAUCAUGGUUGCUUGUUUGAAUACCAAUAAAUUAUGACAUAUAUGUCAUUUAGGUUACAAAGAUACCAUUGAUAUGUUUACCUUUACUCAAGCUCAAAGUUAUUUGUUAUUUCUCCACUAAACCAAGCAGUGUGUGGCUUUUUUCUCCAUGUUUUAUUUACAAGCUUGUCACAUUUCACAAAAAUGACAACUGUCAAAGAUGUGCACGAAAACAUAUGAAAUGGAAAGAUCUUUUUCUUUCUUUUUUAGCCAUUGACCCAAAAUUUGUGAGAAAACAACUUAUGAAGUCCUAAAGAACUAUUUUGCUGAUGGGAGUUUUUGCUGAUGCUAAAAUACUGAGAGUGAAUUGUUUGUUUCUGUAUUACCUGGUAUCUGACUUACAACAUCGUCACUCAUUAGGCAUGAUACAGCCAGACCCUGUGUGGUGCAUGAUGCUGCUUACAACACACAGGUCAUGUACAGAGUCAGUAGUGAGGAGAGACACAAGAAUCUCAAGACUAAUGAUCAUGGUGAUGGAUCGUGGCCAUUGUGAGAAACAUUGCCUGUCAGUGAGGGUUUGUGGAACUCACUGCGACGUCCUUGUUGCUGUUUUAUGAAACACAGGUGAAUGGUUGUGCUUGGAGUAAAAUUAAUGAAAUACUGACCAUUUUCAACAUUGAUGUUUUGAUAAAAAAAAGUCAGUAAGACAAUCUUUUUGCUAUUCUGAUGUUUUUUUCUGACUUUCCUGUGUUAUUUUUGCUAUGGUACUGUCAUUACAUUUAUGCUUGUAUGUGUGAUGAGACACUGGGGCCAGGCCAAGAUAAGGCAUUUCAGCUAGACCCAUUAAGUGAUGUCAUCUUAGUGACAAGUCAGUGUUAUGGUACAAGUUUGUUUAGUGCUAAGAUUGCUGUUUACCUUAUGAUAUAGCCAUACCUUAUCAUUCAAUGAAGGAAUACCCUAUCAUAUGGUGUUGCCAUAUCUUAUCAAGCAAUCAUAAAUUAUAAACAUGAAAAUAAGAAAUAGUGUUUUUAUUGAAGGAAUAGAGAAACCUGAGAGCAUUAUGUGCAUGUAGUAGCAGACUGUUCUCCUAGCAAUGUUUAUGUUUAUCAUUGAAAUGAUAAAUACAUUCAAACAUCAUGGUUUUGGUGUGUUGAAGUAAAAGCUUGGUCCCUGCUUAAUCCUUCUUUAUUCAUCAUUACUUAAGCUCUGAUGUGUCCAAAUGGAUGUGUCAAAGUAACAGUUGUCUCGAAGUCAUUUUCCAGUCCAAAAUAAAACUUCCACCACAAAUUUACUCUUAUAAGUCGAUCUUACCUCGACUCAUCAGUCAUCAUGGAUCAAUGAACAAGGCUUAAGGUGACUGAGCCAUAGGGUGAUGGCCUGGUUUUAUUGGUAGGAUAACUGUAUCAGAUGUUUCUACACCUACAGAACGUAACUUUACAGUAGAAUCGAUUGAAGCUAAGUGUGAACUUAUACCAAUUGGUAAAUGUAUGCCAUAUUCAUUUUUCGGUUUUGUCGAACCUCAUAUUUAGGUCCCUUCAACUUUAACUCAAUGUGCUUGACUAGACAUUUUGUGGCUACCUGUUUGUAAACAGUUUCUGCUCUAGGACCUGAUAAACCCACUCGAUCAGUCAGCCUGCAAACUGUAUGAUGAAAAACAAGGGUAAAAUGACCUGAUAUUGUCACUGUGAGAUCCAGGGUCGGUCUGUUUGAUCAUAUGGAGUGCUGUACUCUGAGCAACACUUGUGUCUUGGCCAGGCCCAAGUAGAGAGCUUCUGUUGUCAAUUUCAGGGAUGAUUUAAAGCAAUAUUUAUUCUUCAUGACUGGCAGGAUGCUUGACAAGAUGUAUAUUCAGUUGAACUGACAAGUAUUGAUCUGUGAGAGUCAGUGCUGUUUUUUUGUAUGUCUUUUUGUAUGUCUCUGUGUUGUAUUUGUAAUAUGAUUGUUUAACAUUGCAUAUUUUAUAUGGUGUUUGCGUCGUCAUGUGCAGCCUACACUCUGGCACUGCAGUCAACAUGGUGUACUCAUACUGAUGAAAGACUAAAAUACUAUAUUUUAUAUGAAUUUUGAUUAGAAUAGAUCAAGAAAAUUGUUCUCACUGUUUUUUACUGUAAUGAGAAAAAAGUUAUGAUCAUUUAAAAAAACUUGAUGUUUUGCAUAUGUGCAAAUUAGUGGUUCUCAAAGCUGAUUGGUCAGUGAAAACUAUAUGAUGUUGUACUGCUGCAUGUUUUAGAACAAUACGAGAUGGUGUCAACCAUUGAUCAUGUCACAGACUGAUAAGCCUAUAUCACUGAAGCAACAGGUUGACUGCAGCAUGUUAGUGAAGUGUCUGUAGGUUGUAUGUGUGCAUUUUCUUCUUCACUGAAAAUGGGUAUUUUAUAGAAUAACUGACUAGAAACCUGAAAUUACUGAUGAUCUGUUUGCCAGUGGCUGUUUAUUUACUCUGCUUGUUGACCGAUAAUCUGUAAUUCCUGGCAGCACCUUGAUUCUACUCUAUAUAUUCAUAUUCAUAAUUUUGAAGGUUUUUUUAUAAUUAUUCUAGUCUUUAAAUGCAAUAUUAAUGUGCAAAAGCAGAUUAAUCAAAUAAGCUGUUUAUUGGCAUUAUUUAGUAUGAAUUGUUGUUCAUUUCUUUGUAAGUGAAAAUGACAGGAUAUCUCCGCGUCCUUGUCAGUGCUGCUGCUGCUGUCCAAGGUUGCUAUGGACACUGUUCUAUUGCUGCAGUGUGUGAUCUCUGUUCUUCCCUGUAGUCUUUCAGUCCUCACAUUCCCCAGUGUGCACAGGCAGUGUGCUGAUCUUCUGUACUUGUAGGAAGUAACCUGAAGCUUAUACCUGUUGAUUGAUGUGAGAGUAUGCAGGGUGCUGACGUACAAGUUGGUUGUAGGAAGUAACCUGAAGUUUCUACCUGUUGAUUGAUGUGAGAGUAUGCAGGGUGCUGAUGUACAAGUUGGUUGUAGGAAGUAACCUGAAGUUUCUACCUGUUGAUUGAUGUGAGAGUAUGCAGGGUGCUGACGUACAAGUUGGUUGUAGGAAGUAACCUGAAGUUUCUACCUGUUGAUUGAUGUGAGAGUAUGCGGUGUGCUGAUGUACAAGUUGGUUGUAGGAAGUAACCUGAAGUUUAUACCUGUUGAUUGAUGUGAGAGUAUGCUGAUGUACAAGUUGGUUGUAGGAAGUAACCUGAAGUUUAUACCUGUUGAUUGAUGUGAGAGUAUGCUGAUGUACAAGUUGGUUGUAGGAAGUAACCUGAAGUUUAUACCUGUUGAUUGAUGUGAGAGUAUGCGGUGUGCUGACGUACAAGUUGGUUGUAGGAAGUAACCUGAAGUUUAUACCUGUUGAUUGAUGUGAGAGUAUGCAGGGUGCUGACGUACAAGUUGGUUGUAGGAAGUAACCUGAAGUUUCUACCUGUUGAUUGAUGUGAGAGUAUGCGGGGUGCUGAUGUACAAGUUGGUUGUAGGAAGUAUCCUGAAGUUUCUACCUGUUGAUUGAUGUGAGAGUAUGCAGGGUGCUGAUGUACAAGUUGGUUGUAGGAAGUAACCUGAAGCUUAUACCUGUUGAUUGAUGUGAGAGUAUGCGGGGUGCUGACGUACAAGUUGGUUGUAGGAAGUAACCUGAAGCUUAUACCUGUUGAUUGAUGUGAGAGUAUGCGGUGUGCUGAUGUACAAGUUGGUUGUAAGAAGUAACCUGAAGUUUAUACCUGUUGAUUGAUGUGAGAGUAUGCGGGGUGCUGACAUACAAGUUGGUUGUAGGAAGUAACCUGAAGCUUAUACCUGUUGAUUGAUGUGAGAGUAUGCGGGGUGCUGAUGUACAAGUUGGUUGUAGGAAGUAACCUGAAGUUUAUACCUGUUGAUUGAUGUGAGAGUAUGCGGGGUGCUGACGUACAAGUUGGUUGUAGGAAGUAACCUGAAGUUUCUACCUGUUGAUUGAUGUGAGAGUAUGCGGGGUGCUGAUGUACAAGUUGGUUGUAGGAAGUAACCUGAAGUUUCUACCUGUUGAUUGAUGUGAGAGUAUGCGGGGUGCUGAUGUACAAGUUGGUUGUAGGAAGUAACCUGAAGUUUCUACCUGUUGAUUGAUGUGAGAGUAUGAGGGGUGCUGAUGUACAAGUUGGUUGUAGGAAGUAACCUGAAGUUUCUACCUGUUGAUUGAUGUGAGAGUAUGCGGGGUGCUGAUGUACAAGUUGGUUGUAGGAAGUAACCUGAAGUUUCUACCUGUUGAUUGAUGUGAGAGUAUGCGGGGUGCUGAUGUACAAGUUGGUUGUAGGAAGUAACCUGAAGUUUAUACCUGUUGAUUGAUGUGAGAGUAUGCGGUGUGCUGAUGUACAAGUUGGUUGUAGGAAGUAACCUGAAGUUUCUACCUGUUGAUUGAUGUGAGAGUAUGCGGGGUGCUGACGUACAAGUUGGUUGUAUGUCUCUUCGUUGACUUGCUUUGAUUAGAUACACAUCAAUCAAAAUGAAAUGGAUAAAUGUUUCUUAGACAUCCUAGAACAAGCAUCACAUCCCAGCAUGUCCAUAUACUGAUGGUAUCUGUGAGGUCUAAACUUAUGACUUUAUGGCCAUUAGUCUCUAAUUUGUUGAACCAUGGAUCCACUGAACUUAUUUUGAACAACAACAAAAAUAUUUUUCUCCAGACAGACACGUCUUUCAGCCAACUCAUCAGACACAAAAGUACUUUUAGAAAAAUCCUCAACACUGUUAUCAUACUCAAUUUAACUUGUCUAUUAAUUUAGCUUACCUUAGUCUUCAGUGAUAAGCAACAUGUAACAGACUAGUAGAAUUCGAAAAUGCAAGUACCUAGAUCAUUUAGAUUGAGGCUGAUGUCAUUUUUUGCUUUUCUCUCUUUCUUCCAACAUCUGACUUUGGCGGAAGAAAUCUGUGAUCCAACAAGUUAAUAUCUGUUGAUGACUUGAUAUGGGAAGCAUACAUGGUUGAUUUUGACACUUUUUCAUUGCUGCUGAAACUCAACAGAUAUAAUGCACAGAAAUAGUUUGUUAACAUGUGUGUGUCAAAGAUAUUAGAAAGUUAUUAGAAAGAUAUUGCAUCUGUUUGGGUUUGUGCAACUUGCACUUCCAAGAUAUUUGUAGUUAAUGACUUAAAGUUUAUUUUUAUUUUGGCCUUUGGCAUGCAAUAGUGAGUCCGAAAUAGUGAAACAAUUAAUAAAAUAUAAAUGACCCAUCAGUUUGAACUUUUCAAGCUUAUAAUGCAUUUUGUUUUUUUUGUCUUUCUUCUUCAUCAAACAUUAAGGUACACACAGUUUUAUAUGAGUGCAUAUUCUUUAAGACACUAUUCCUACAGUCUAAAGAUUUUGCUAUUUGUUAUUAUUCUUGUGAUUAGAUGUUUGUUUAAAUCUUACAUUACAUGUGGGUUUUUUUGUUUCACAGCAUGGUUUUUUUUAUAGAUUUUUAAGGAAUUGGGUGUUUUUUUCAACAAUAAUCAACCUCAUCAUUAACCUAGGUCAUCUGCUGACCAGGCAUUAUUUAAGGAUUUAGAACAAGAUUGAAUAGUAUUUUUGAAGAUAACUUGUUUUUGUCAUGUAUCUCUAGAUCAAAUCAUGCCAAUGUGAUAUUAUGUUUCUUCAGUAUUCAGGUCUCGGUAGCUUAUACUCUCACUUACAUCCUUUGUGAGCUGACAUUUAUAGUCUCAGAAAACCGCCAGUAUGUGAUGAAUUGUUCCACUUCGGUAAGCUACAAAACACAACAGUACUGGUGAGGGAGUGAGUAAUGUUUUACACAACUUUUUGCAAUAUUCCUGCAAUAUCCUAGCCGGGGACACCAGAAAUGGGCUUCACACAUUGUACCCAUGUAGGGAAUGGAACCCAGUUCUUCGGCAUGACGAGAAAAUGCUUUAACCACUAGGCUACCCCACUGCCACCUAAAAUACUGGUAGACACAUAAAGUGAACAAUGAUUUGAUUAUUAUAAAAGAAUACCAGACCCUGAUUGUUUGCAGAUGAACUAUCUUUUCUUAUCAGUGACUAAAAUAAGAAAAUAUAUAUCAGGCAGGGGGGUCAUGAGAAAUGAGAUAUAUUUUAUAGCCUUAAGUCGUGAUCCAUCAGAUGAUACAGAUCUAAUGGACAAUGUUCUUUUGUGAAAAUAAGGAGCACAGUUGGCACAGUGGCACAGCAAUGUGCUGUUCAGAGUUGCAUCCCUUAGUUCUGCCAGGAUCUAGACAUGUUCAGAUCCUUGAUCUGUCAGUACUAGACCCAUAAAGGUAACUUGAGCUUUCCACCCAAAGUAAUGACAUGCAGUCGUAUAAUAACUGAACUACUGUUAAGGUGGCAUUAAACUCAACUCACUCACUCACUCACUCACUCACUCACUCACUCAUACCAGUGAAUGAAACAUGGGAUGCAACGUAUUUAAUUAGAGGAAAUAUUAUGGCUGCUACAUGUGUAUUAGGACAAGUCAGCUUUGAAUUUAAAAGUGUACAUUAUACCAUAAAACCCAUAACCUGAUAUGUAACUAGAGUGUCCUGGCAUAUACCUAUAGUAUAUUGUAUGCUCUGCGUAACUGCUACAGGACAUUUGAUAGCAAUCCUACAAACUUACACAGUUUACCUUCCAUUUACUUACAUAUUGCUCCAAUACAGUAAAUCUAACAGGCCGCCACUCCACUGUGCAUGCAUGGAUGGUUGUAACCGGCCACCAUUGCUCGGAAAAGUCUAUCAAUUUACAAAGCCUUGGUGGGUUUGGUAGGUAAGUAGCUUGAAAUCUGUUGACGGUCAUUGUACUCAGUUUGAUUUCCAUAAAAAGCCAUAUCUAUGUGCAUAUGAGUAGGUUGUAGAUCACUGUCAACUCAACUGUCCCAUUAUUUCAGAAGUGAAAACAGGGAGGUGAGGUGAAAUGGGGUUUAACAUCACAUCCAAGAUUAUUAGCAAUGUGUGCGUGCGUGCGUGCGUGCGUGCGUGUGUGCGUGCGUGCAUGCAUGAGUGUGUCCAGACUGAAGCCAAUUUUAGCCCACUGAGAUACCAUGUUGCAGUUUCACAUGUACACACCGCUCAGAUACAGUAUCCCCACUCUGAGCCAACCAGUCUACCACUAGACCACGGAGGCGGUCAGAAGUGACAACAUUACUUUAAGGGGUUGGGUGGACCUACCACUAUAUUGACUUGGGGAUUGCUACCAUGGGCAUGUCAUGUUUGGAAUGAUUUAGGAAGUUUUAACUUUCUUUUUCAAGUUGCUGCAAGAUGAUCUGUCUGUGUAUUAUAUCAGAUAAGUUCAUAAACUGGUAUACACUUUACUAGACUGGUAAAUAGUCUUUAAGUAUUAAUAUUUUCUUGGGGCUUGAAGCAGUUAGUACAUGUUCAUUGGCAGGGUUCUGUUCUUAGGAUUAAAGACCGCCUCCGUGGUCUAGUGGUAGAGCGUCCGCCCGGAGAGCAGAAGGUCCGGGGUUCAAUCCCUGACCGCGUCAUACCAAAAGACGUUAAAAGAUGGUACUUGUUGUUACCCUGUCUGGC